UAAAGAUUCUAUUUAGCUUCAUUCUGACUGACAGAUCACAGAAUCCGAAGAGAAAUAAAUUUACCUACACUCCACAGAAACAAUUAUGAAGUCAUUAAUAUUGCAGUAAUUGUGAGGAAAACCCUCGUUUGUCCCAGUCACAUUAAACAGAGCCUUAUCCGAAUACCAACGUGUCUCGAGCCCAGAGUCAGGCUCGCGCUCUCCGUGGUGGCUUUACUGACUUUAUCUCGCCACACGAUUGCGGGAUUACCGUCUUAUCUUAACGAGCAAUGUUCCCACGGCUCCGCACUGCAAGCCAUCCUGUUAUCAUCCACUUGUCUUAUUUAUGGAAGCCUGUUUUGAAGUAAUGCGAACUAUAUGAGUGACAGAGGACGCGCGUAGGCCUACUUGGUCACGCGGCUCGUUCAUUAAAUAGAUCAAAUAAUAUUUCCAAAGUUAUUACUGAGGGAAUGUUGUUUUGUGUCACCAGCAAACAAAUACAAACGGACUCGAGCAGUGAAAGCGAGAGAGAGAGGACAGAGCGCUCGCCUAGUUACCUCCUUUCGACCUCCUCAACUUUUAACCCCGCAGCGCGCAGCAGUCUCGCACAGUGAUGUUGACGGAAAAGCGCUGAUUAUUUACCGAACAACUUGGAGUCUAAGCGUAAAUUCGGCGCCGGAUAUGUGAGUACAGCGAAUUUCUCUUCUUGCGCUAUUUAGGAUGGAUCCUCAAUUUUGUAUUAGUAUUUGGAAAGCGCAUAGAAACAAGCAGGUUUAUCUUGGAGGACAAGAGGUGUUCGCGUAAUGUGGGUGUUUAUAUUGAAUUUUGUCGCGUGUCAUGAAUGUGUGAAUGAAAAAGUUGUGACGACAUAGAAAGCAUCACAUAAUGGGAGACAGAGAAUGGAUGGAGGGAGAAAAGAGAGACACGGCAGAAGAAGAAGGGCAGAGCUCGGCAAAGGGGUUUGAGGAGAGAGGAAAAUCAAAAUUAAAACGCCCUACCUAUUAUUAUUUUUUGCAGAUAUUUUUAUUUGUAUUCAGGGAGGUUAAAAUUAUAGGCCUCUUGGAGAAACAAAUCAGUGAGGACGAAUUUAAAAUUGCCUUUUUUCCCCCUCGGAAUUAAGUCAGCAACGAAAAGCUCAUUAAACAAUGAGGUAAGAGACGACAAAAAUCCAAGUAGCCUACAUGCGAGGAAAAGAUAAAGUUAAAAUUAAUUUAAGUUAUUGGAUUCUGUAGGAAUAAAUGAAUAGUUAUAGCAGCCUGCAAUUUGAGAAUUUCCGAUAGUCGGCAUAUACAUAAAGUAAAUAAAUAAAUAAAAAUAGCCUAAACGCUUUACAUUAAAAACCAAAGCGUUCUGUCCAAAAAUUCUCUCCAUCGAAUGCAAAAAUAGCUGAAAACGCGAACCAGCAAAUCAUUGUAUCAAGGCAAAAUUAUUUAUCUACUUCAAUAGCUACACAAUAAUUUAAAGAAAUCAGUUGAUUACAGUUAAUGUGGAUUUUUUUCAUUCUUAAUUUUUAUUUAUUUAGGCUAUUUAUUUAUUUUUUAUUUAGGCUAAUUCUGAAGAUCACCUGGUGAAAAUAUUUCUACCAUUUCCCUUGCGCAUCUUUUAGUUCACCGUAGUUAAACUCAGUCGGGGAUAUGGCGAAUUUAGAGUUUGGAUCUCAGCAGUCAUGUUCCGUCGGCGAUUCCCCCGCGAUGGGAUUCGAGAAGGAGAAAGAUUCCGGUCAUCACGGUCGGUGCAAAACCGGCUCUCCGCCGCUGCAAACUCAGCUCUCCCAACAGGGUAUGGAGGGAAUCAAAGUUUAUUUGCACGAGAGAGAUCUGUGGGCGAAAUUUCAUGAUGUCACUACAGAGAUGAUCAUCACCAAAGCUGGCCGACGAAUGUUUCCCAGCUACAAAGUGAAGGUAACAGGCUUAAACCCCAAAGCAAAAUAUAUCUUACUGAUGGACAUUAUUUCAGCCGACGAGCAUCGGUAUAAGUUUGCAGAUAACAAAUGGUCCAUCAGUGGUAAAGCUGAGCCGGCGAUUCCAGGCCGAUUGUAUGUGCACCCAGACUCACCGGCUUCAGGAGCUCACUGGAUGAGACAGCUCGUCUCUUUCCAGAAGCUCAAGCUCACCAACAACCACCUGGAUCCUUUCGGACAUAUCAUUUUAAAUUCCAUGCAUAAAUACCAGCCUCGCCUGCACAUUGUGAAGGCGGACGAGAGGAACAGCUUUGGCUCCAGCAACACAAGUUUCUGCACACACUCGUUUCCUGAGACGACCUUCAUCGCUGUAACGUCCUACCAGAACCACACAAUCACUCAGCUGAAGAUUGAGAAUAAUCCAUUUGCUAAAGGUUUCCGUGGAAAUGACGAUAUCGAAUUGCAUCGCAUGUCCCGUACACCAAGUAAGGAGUAUCCACUUGUACCACGUAGUACCGCAAGGCAGCGUGCAGCUCCACCCUCUCCUGACUCCUGUCUCUCUCGGUCAGAAUACACCGUGACACAAAAGCCCAGUCCUGGCUACACCUGCUCCGACAUUUCAGGUGACCACACCCUCACUGGAACCCCUCCCACUCAUGACCCCACCUACCACCUCUUCACCUACCAGCUCUCUCCGGAGGCGACCCCUGUGCACAGCGCCCCCUGCAGUAUGGACACCGCACAGCACCAGCCUUGCAUGUAUGGAAGCUCUCAGGUGGGCAUGGAGGACCUCAGGUGGGCGUCUUAUACAGACAGCACAACUUACCAAAGCUUUUCUUCAGCUAAAGAAAUGGGUGGGACUUUUGUUCCCCCCACUGACCUCUCUCAGGAACUGUAUCCACAAUACACCUGUGAGGUGGGUGUCCAGUCACACUGCAUGAUGACUGAUUUCUCGCUUUAUGCUUGCAAUCGAUCAUUCAGCCAAAACCACCAACCAAACAGCUGGUGCGGGGGGAGCUGAGCAAGUGUGCCUGAUAUGUGUGUGUGUGUGUGUGUGUGUGUGUGUGUGUGUGUGAAAGAGAGAGAAGAAAAAGAAUGAAAAAGAAUCUGAAUAAUUGUGGUAACAUACUCAUAAUUUUAUCCUGAAAUCGCAAGUUUGCCUCUGUUUUGCUUCACAGUUUCUAUCUUGUUGUGAAUAAGGUCUAGCAAAUUAAAAUUAUUAAAAAAAAUUUUUUUUUUUUUUUUUCAGUUCUGCUAGAUCAUCAAAAUAACAAAUAAGAAUAAAAUUCAACAUCAAAAUUAAUAUAAUUGCAAUAUAGUAGCUGCAAUUCUUAUUUCACAUAUUGGUAUAAAUAUUUGUAUGUAUUUUCUUAACAUUUUUAUAAUUUUAUAUAUACUUUUUAUAACAUUUUAUAUUUGCUCAUGCUUUUUGUCAUCUACGUAAAUUAACAUAAUAAAUUACUAAAAUAAUAAUAAUAAUAAUAAAUAGAAUUUUAUUAUAAAUAUAUACAUACUGUGGAGCAAGUGGAAACUAAUGGGAUUUCAGGAUAAAAAUUUUAAAAUAGACAAAAUUUUAAUUUAAAAUAGACAAAAUUUCCUCUUAUUCCAAACCCUGUGAUGAAUGUUUGCAUGUCCCUUUAGUCUUCAGUGAUGUGUGUGUGAGAUUUUGUGUACAUGUGUAUCAAAUAUCUUCUGGUAAAGAUGCGUGAAUCUCUGUUACCAUUACUGCAGGUUUUUUUUCAUCAAGAUACAACUACACCAGGAAUUUAUAAAAAGGGAAUAAAGUUAAGGAGGUGGGUUGCUUCAUUGUGGCCAGUAUCUGUGAAACUUUAGGGAGAAUCCUCUCUUUUGAUGAACAAACACUAACAAACCCAAAUGCAAGAAAGUGCCAGAUUUAUAACUCUUAAACCUCCUGUCAUACAUUGUCUAGCUUCAGAUGGGGGUCCUUUAUUUUGUUUAUUCUUACUCUAUUCUGAUGAGAAAAGGGAAUGCUGGGUACUGCACGUGUCACAGUCCGUUAAGGGAGCAGUGAUGUUACCAAUCCUGUCAUGGCCCAAGGCAAGAGAUACAGAGAGAGAGAGACAGAGAGGAGGGGAGGCAUCAGCUGGACAUUUAUUUAUAGACACACCAUGCAAUAAGAAUUUCAUGAGUGAAACAUGGUCAUGUUAAAGAAAACUUUUAAUGUUGUGAAAUUCAUGUUUCUAUUAUUUAUAAUGAUGAACUAUUUAUUGAUUUUGAGUUCACAAUUUGUUUGCUGAUAUUUAUUUGUAAAGUGUUUUUAAAUUUAUUGAGCAGUUUGCUUUACCCUGACAAAUGUAAAGUUUCUGUGUUUUGUGAAGGUGUUUUCUGAAACUUGUUUGAAUAUGAAGCUGAAAUAAAAUGCUCAUCCACAGCAAUGUCUUUU